AAGUGUUUCAAAGAAACACAAAUCUGCUCUGAGAAAGGUCUGUACCCAAUAAGUAAGCCCAAAGAGCCUUGUUUGCUUGGUGAUGCCGGCAGAUAAGCCUGGCAAACCUCGGUGUGAUUGAAGAAGCCAGUUUGAGACUCAGCCUAGCGCAGGCAAGCUACUGGCCCCUGGCAGCACUCAACGAACCUCAACACAAUGGUGUUCGCAUUUUGGAAGGUCUUUCUGAUCCUAAACUGCCUUGCAGGUCAAGUCAGUGGGGUGCAAGUGACCAUCCCAGACAGUUUCGUGAACGUGACUGUUGGAUCUGAUGUCACUCUCGUCUGUACCUAUACCACCACUGUGGCCUCCCGGGACCAGCUUUCCAUCCAGUGGUCAUUCUUCCAUAAGAAGGAGUUACAGCCAGUUUCUCACAGCCCGUGCCUCAAUACUGAGGGUAUGGAGGAAAAGGCAGUCAGUCAGUGUCUAAAAAUGGCGCAUGCAAGAGACGCUCGGGGAAGAUGUAGCUGGACCUCUCAGAUUUACUAUUCUGAAGGUGGACAAUCUGCAGCCAUUGGGCAAUUUAAAGGUCGAAUUGUAGGGUCCAACGAGCCAGAUAACGCAUCUAUCACUAUCUCGCAUAUGCAACCAGCAGAUAGUGGCAUCUACAUCUGCGAUGUGAACAACCCCCCGGACUUUGUUGGCAAGAAUCAAGGCAUCCUCAACGUCAGUGUGUUAGUCAAACCUUCCAAGCCCUUUUGCAGCAUCCAGGGAAUACCGGAAACUGGCCAUCCUAUAUCUCUUUCUUGUCUCUCUGUGCUCGGAACACCCUCCCCUGUGUAUUACUGGUAUAGACUUGAAGGAAGAGACAUCGUCCCAGUGAAGGAAAGCUUCAACCCCGCCACCGGGAUUUUGGUUAUUGGAAAUCUGACCAAUUUUGAACAAGGUUAUUACCAGUGCACCGCUAUCAACAUCCUUGGCAAUAGUUCCUGCGAAAUUGACCUAAGUUCUUCACAUCCAGAAGUUGGAAUCAUUGUUGGGGCCUUGGUGGGUACCCUAGUAGGUGCUGCCAUUAUCAUCUCUGUUGUGUGCUUCGCAAGGAACAAGGCAAAGGCAAAGUCAAAGGGGAAGGAGAGGAAAAGAAAUUCUAAAACCACCACAGAACUUGAACCAAUGACAAUGAUCAAACAAAGCACAGAGGGUGAAGUAAUGCCAAAUGAAGACACGAUCCAACUAGAAGCAACUGUGCCACCUUCCACCCAUGAGACUGACGAUGAUACCAUCCUGGGGGCAGAUCAUGAGCCUAUCCCUGAGCCUGAGCCUGUCUCAGAGCCUCCCCUGGAGCCCACCCCAGGACCUGAGCUUGUCCCGGUGCCUGAGCUUGAGAUUGAGCUGGAGCCAGAGCCCGAGCCAGAGCCAAAAAUGGAGCCAGAGCCCGAGAUUGUAGUUGAGCCCUUGUGUGACGAGGAAAAAAGAGGGAAUAAGCAAUAGGCUGGUAACAUAAGUACAGUAGUCAUCACUGAGGAACCCAUUACUGGCGUUUGGAAUUCACUUGACCUAACCAGUCUCCCCCCACCUCCCUCCAUUCUUACCAACCCUCUUCUAACAAGGUGCUCCUACCAACCAUCCAAAAUAAAAAGGUCAAGAUAACUACUAAAUAAAUGCAAGAGUUCCUGAAUUA